AUGAAACCUUGCUCUUCUCCCUUUCCCCUGCUGGGCCGGGCCAUGCCUCGGGCCCACCCCCGGCCCCGGGCGGGGCUGCCCCGUCCCUGCCCCCGGGCGUCCCGCCGCGGUCUCGCCUUCGCCCGGCUCUGGCAGUGCUGGAGAUGGCGCUGCUGGGCGGGCAUCAGUGCCUGGGGCUGGGGCAGCAUUGCUGGCCUUUGGCUGCGCCUGUGCCGAGCCCAGCCCAGGCCCCGGCCCCGGCCCCGGCCCCGGCCCCGGCCCCGGCCCCGGCCCCGGCCCCGGCCCCAGCUCGUCCCUGGGCCCGCAGAGGACACAGGCGGCGCGGCCGCUCCCGCCGCCUCCACUGCGGCUUCCCCGGCCCAAGCUCCUCCGCUUGGCAGCGCGGCCGCUGGCCCUGAGCCGCUGCUGUCCCGUUGCCAGGAGCAAAUGCCUGGGGAUGCCCAGCCCGGGCCGCUCGAGGGGCGCUCGGGGGCCGUUCCUGGCCCCGGGCCGAGCGCUGACAGCCGCGUCUCGCCGGCAGGGAAGGCGCAGCAGGCCCUCCAGGAGCAGUACCGCCUGGGUUCGCUGCUGGGCCACGGCGGCUUCGGCAGCGUCUGGGCGGCCACACGGCUCUCAGACCGUGCCCCGGUGGCCAUCAAAAGGGUGCCACGGAACCGUGUCCGGCAUUGGGGUGAGCUGCCCAACGGCACCAGCGCACCACUGGAGAUCGUGCUGCUGCACAAGGUCUCCACUGGCUUCCCUGGUGUCGUCCAGCUGCUGGAGUGGCUGGAGCUCCCCAAAGACAUCAUUAUCAUCAUGGAGCGCCCGGAGCGUUCUCAGGACCUCCAGCAUUUCAUUCGGGCACGGCGGUUCCUGUGCGAGGAGGUGGCGCGGGAGCUGUUCCGCCAGGUGCUGGAGGCCGUGCGGCACUGCACCAGCUGCGGGGUCCUGCACCGCGACCUCAAGCCAGGGAACAUCCUGCUUGACCUGACCACCGGGCAGGCCAAAUUGAUUGAUUUUGGCUGUGGCACCUACCUACAAGACACAGCCUAUACUCACUUUGCAGGAACACCGUCAUACAGCCCCCCGGAAUGGAACCAGUUUGGCUGGUACUAUGGACAGCCAGCUACCGUCUGGUCCCUGGGCAUCCUGCUGCACCAGAUGGUGUGUGGGGAGCACCCUUUCAGGAGGGGCCACAAGAUCAGCUGGGACCAUCAGCUCUCGCUGCCACCACGGCUCUCUCAAGAGUGCCAAGAUGUCAUCCGGCGGUGUUUAUCCAUGCUGGAUGUGGACCGGCCUUCAGUAGAAGACCUGUUGUGUCAUCCCUGGAUGCAGGAUAGUCAUCUGCCAUAG